AUGGUUCCUUCUGCUGCUAUUUCUGAGGCUUCCGUAGUUCCUAAUGACUCAAAUCAAGUUCUUGAAGCUUUUGCUGAAGAAUGGAAGGAUUUAUUCAAGGGAAAACUCAAUGUAAAAGUGACCUCUCUGUCUUUCAUUGCUCAUAGAAUCAGGGAUGGUAAAUCGAUUGCUAAGCUUAGCUCUGCUGAUAUUUGUGAGGGCAACAAGAAAUGGGGUAAUGCUCUUAUCUUCUAUGUUGUUGGUUAUUCUCCUACUAUUUCUGCAGUUCAUAAGUUUAUUGCUGAUAAUUGGAGUAAUAUAGCUAAACUAUACAUUUUUUGGCAUGAUGAGGGAUAUUUUAUAAUUAAUCUGAAAUCUGAUGAUGAUAAAAAUGCUAUUUUAUGUUCUGAUCCUCACAUGUUCUUUGGUAAACCAGCCAUUGUUAAAGCUUGGUCUGACAAGUUUGACUUUCAUGCUGAAAUAUUGAGAACUAUUCCAUUAUGGAUUAAACUUCCUAAUAUACCAUUGAACUGCUGGGGAGCUGAAACUCUAAGUAGAAUUGACAUUCUACUUGGUGUUCCAGUCUGUGCUGAUGAGUGUACAUCUAGGCAGCUUAGGGUUUCUUUUGCUAGACUUCUUGUUGAACUUGAUGUUACUAAGCCCCUGGCUAAUUCUGUUUGGGUUGAGAGCCCUGCUGGUGAAUUGAUUGAGAUUAAGGUUCUUUUUGAAUGGAAACCACCAUUUUGCAAGAAGUGCAAUAAGGUGGGGCAUGAAUGUGUUGCACCUCAAAAGCCUAUAAAAAAAAGAAGCACACAGAACCUCAAGUUCAGAAACCAGAAGAAUGUUAAGUUCCUGGCAAAUAAUCAAAGAAGAAAGCUAACAGGCAAAUUACUUUCCCUGUUUCAAGCUCAAACAUAUCUUCCUUUGGUUGAUGACAGUGAUGAUGUGGUUGAUAUUGUUAAUGAAAAUGACGAUCCUAGCAGGGGUGAUGAUAAUCCCUCUUUGGGGAAAUGA